AUGAAGUGGCUGCUCAUCACUCUCGCUUGCAUUCAGCUCUCUGAAUGUCUUCUUUACAGAGUGCCCUUGUUUAAGGGCAAAUCUGCCCGUGACGUCCUUCAGGAGAAAGGGUUGCUGGAAGACUUCCUGAAGAAUCAUCCAUAUGAUCCCUGCUCAAAGUUUGAACAACCCUUAGCUCUGGAUACAAAUGAACCAAUGAUUAACUACUUGGAUUUGUCAUACUAUGGAACAAUCAGCAUUGGGAAUCCACCACAGAGCUUCACCGUCAUCUUUGACACUGGCUCAUCCAAUCUCUGGGUCCCAUCAGUUUACUGUUCUGAAAAAUCAUGCAUGGUGCAUAAAAGAUUCAACCCCAAAUUGUCAUCAACCUAUCCUUCAAAACACCAGGGUGUAUCUAUCCAGUAUGGUACAGGUGCCAUGACAGGAAUACUGGGAUAUGACACUGUCAGAAUUGCAAACAUUGCUAUUCAUGGUCAGGAAUUUGGUUUAAGUGAAACUGAACCUGGUGGUUUCUUUUCCCAUGUUAAAUUUGAUGGAAUUUUGGGCAUGGGCUUUCCAUCUCUUGCAGCAUCAGGAGCCACAACUGUAUUUAGUAACAUGAUGUCUCAGAAACUGGUGGAUGAGCCUCUCUUCUCUGUGUACCUAACAAGACAGCAAGGUCAGUCCGGCAGUGAAAUCCUAUUUGGUGGAAUUGAUUCAAGUCACUACACAGGCCAAAUUCACUGGGUUCCUGUCACUCGUGAUGCCUACUGGCAAAUCCUCAUUGACAGGGUGACAAUCAAUGGUGAGGUUGUGGCCUGCAGUGGAGGUUGUCCUGCCAUUGUUGAUACUGGCACCUCUCUUCUUGUUGGUCCCAGUACACCCAUUGACAAUAUCCAGCAGGGCAUUGGAGCAACUCCAACUUACUAUGGAAUGUACAACAUAAACUGUAACAAUCUGCAGAACAUGCCUGAUGUGGUCUUCACAAUCAAUGGAGUGGACUUCCCUCUCCCCGCACAAGCUUACACGUUACAGGUGUGUUAUUGGACAGCAAUGGGAAGCUGCUCCAGUGGAUUUGGCGUUACCGGUGGAUACCUCUGGAUCCUGGGAGAUGUGUUCAUUGGGGAAUAUUAUUCCAUUUUUGACAGUGGGAACAAUCGUGUGGGUUUGGCUAAGGCUGUCUAAUUUCUUCAUCUGUAUUCUCAUUAAAAG